AUGCAUGAACGUGCUCAGUUCCUCUCCAGCAGUGGUUCCAGGAGCCUGGAGCACAGUGUGAGACAGGCGAAGAAGCGGUGGUGCAAGUCCCAUACAUCCUCGCACUUCAAUGAGGACUCAGACAGCACUGAAUUUUCUGACACAACUGAAGAUAUGUCUAAUAUAAGCAUCAUAACAGAUUUCCUGCUUUUAGGCUUUUCAGAUGUACAAGAGCUUCAGGUUUUACACUUUGUGUGUUUUUUAGGAGUAUACUUGGCUAUCUUUAUGGGCAAUUUUCUCAUCAUUGCCCUAAUAGCUCUCAAUACCCACCUCCAUACUCCAAUGUAUUUCUUUCUUGUUAAUUUGUCUAUUAUUGAUCUUGGAUCCAUAUCGAUCACUCUUCCCAGAUCCAUGGCCAAUGAUCUUAUGAACAGAACACAGAUUUUGUAUUCAGAAUGUGUUGCUCAGGUGUUUUUUUUCACCUCUUUCCUUUCAACAAAUGUUUUCCUUCUCACUGUCAUGGCCUAUGACCGAUACACUGCCAUCUGCCAACCACUGCAUUAUUCUUCUCUCAUGGGCAAGAGAGCCUGCUUCGAAAAGGCAAGUGGUGCAUGGACUGCAGGCUUUCUGAAUGCAGCCAUACAAACUUGGGCAACUUUUUCAACACCUUUCUGCUCUCACACUGUCCAUCAGUUUUGUGAAAUCCCACAGCUUCUGAGAAUGUCUUGCUCUGGAUUUAACUUCAAUGAAUAUGCAGCUAUUGUCUUUACCUCAUUAUUUGGCUUUGGCUGCUUUGUGUUCAUUAUUGCUUCUUAUGUGAAGAUCUUUUCCACAGUGCUGAGAAUGCCCUCUCUGGAGGGAAGACAAAAAGCUUUCUCUACGUGUCUCCCUCACCUUGCUGUUGUGUCCUUGUUUUUCUGCUCUGCUUUCUUUGCCUAUUUAUUACCAACUUCCAGCAUUGAUCAGAAAUUUACUGUGAUAUAUACCAUAUUACCACCAAUGUUGAAUCCAGUCAUUUACAGCAUGAGGAAUAAAGAUGUUAAAACUGCUUUGUGGAAGCUGUUUGAUGGGAAUUUUCUGACUGGGAGUCAAAAUUUUCACUUUUGA